CAACCAUGUCUCAACCAAUAUCAUCAGCCCAGAAACUCCCCACUGUCCCUUCCGAAAUCACCCCCGAAUGGCUCAGUUCCAAGCUCGGGCACAAAAUCAAGUCACUCAAGCACACCCGCUCCAUCUGGGGAACAGGCAGCAAGCUCUUCUACACCAUCACCUACGAAGACGAGGACGACAACCACCCUUCGCGACCCACGCACAUCUGCAUCAAAGGCGUCUUCGACCCUACCAUGCUCGCCUCCCAACCAUGGACCCUCCCCCUCGCCCAGCGCGAAGCCGACUUCUUCUCCCACCUCGCCCCAGACCUACUCCUCGCAGACAAAAACACACCCAUCAACUUCCCUCAGACCUGGUGGGCAGGCACCAACAAUUCACAAGGCAUCUCCAUCAUAGAUGACCUUUACACCUCAGGCUGCACCUUCCCUCCCGAACUUGCAUCCUACCCGCUCAGUACCGUCCUAGAGGGUAUCGACCAACUCGCUGCCCUGCACGCGCGAUAUUGGGGCCAAAGCGAAGCAACCCACCCGUGGAUAAGCAAUACCUACGACACCGCACUGAAAUUCCUCUGCUCACCUUCCACUUUCAACGAAACGGUCCGGGAUCCCGACCGGCCUAAACUCCCUACCUAUCUUCAAGACGGGGAACGUUUCAACUUGGCUUUAGACCUCUACUUCUCCACUCGCAACCCCAAAUUCCGAACUCUCUUACACGGGGACACACACAUAGGCAAUAUCUUCUUUUCCCCUUCUAUGUCCCCCUCUCCCUCUCCCUCUCCAGAAGGAAAGAUCGGUUUUCUAGAUUGGUCAGCCCUCCAUUUCGGUUCAUGUUUCCACGACGUAGUCUACUUCGUCACGGCGAUGAUGACUGUGCAAGACAGACGGAAAUACGAGUGGGAGAUACUGGAUCGGUAUCUUGAGACGCUGCAUCAACUGGGUGGGCCCGAGUUUGAUAGACGAGACAAACAGGUCAUGAAUGAGUAUAGGAGGUCGUUCAUGACGGGUGCGAUUUGGUUGGUUUGUCCUUUUGACUUGCAGAGUAAGGAACGGGUUGGGGAGUUGUGUAAGAGGGCGGUGGCUGCGUUUGGGGAUCAUGGGGUUUUGGAGUUGAUUCUUGGGGAGCACAAAGGGGAGGAUAAGGAGGGUUCUUGUGUGGUGCUGUAAGGUAAGAGGGGAGGAAGGGAGGAGGGGAGGAGGGGAGGAUUUGGGGGUGGUGAUGGGUGAUGAGAGGAAGUGGGAGUGAGAGUUGCGAUAGCUAGCUGUGUAUUAUUAUGUGAGUUGAUGAUGGUAUAGAUGCCAGAUGGAGCGUUAGAUGUUGGCCAUU